GCGCAGAAUCGAGAAAGAUUUAUCAACAAACUUACAAUCUCAUACGCCAACACCGCCCAAGUAUCCGUCGAUGCAGGAAUCAAGCGUCUUCAAAAAACCUCAAUGCCUAAUAACCGCGAGAGAAAAAAAUAUUCUUGCGGUCUGCGAUGAUGUUCUUGAAGAGAUAUCCCGCAUAGACAAACCGUGUGUUAUCGUGGCAAUUGCGGGGUUAUAUAGAACAGGGAAAUCUUACUUGAUGAAUCAACUUGCUGAUGCGCAAAAAGGUUUUGCACUUGGUGACACAAUACAGUCGAAGACAAAAGGCAUCUGGGUUUGGUGCAAGUACCAUCCUAUACAAAAGGACACUGUUCUUAUACUUUUGGACACGGAAGGAUUGGGAGACGUUGAAAAGGGGGAUCCAAACCACGACAAUCGCAUUUUCACCCUUGCUACUCUGCUGUGCAGCGUCCUGGUAUACAACAUGAAAGGGGCGUUUGAUCAAGAGGCUGUGAACAAACUCACAUUUGUGUCUGAAAUGUCGAAAUCCAUCAGAUUUGGCGGAAGAUGUGAUGAAGAUAACCGUCUUUUGCAAGGCGUUCUUCCCGGUUCUUUCCGCAAGACAAACGGAGAUGUUUCGCGUUCCCUACCCCUGGUGAUAUUGACAUUGUGGAAAACCUAG